AUGACUUCACCCUUUGUCGCCGUCGCCGGUGCUGCCGGUGGUUUAGGCCAGCUUGUCACAAUGGCACUGAUCAAAAGAGGCGUGGCUGUGAAGGCUCUCGUCCGGCCCAACACCGAUCCCUCUCGCACCCAAAAGCUCCGCGACGCUGGCGUAACUAUCGCUACAGUGGAUCUAUCCGCGGUCCCAGCUCUCACUCGCGAACUCGAUGGAGCGAUGUGUGUCGUGUCUACACUCCAGGGGUUGAAGGAUGUCAUGCACGGCGUUCAGAGCAAACUUCUAGAGGCCUCUGUAGCCGCCAAGGUGCCUAGAUUCAUCCCUUCAGACUUCUCCUUGGACUUCACCAAGACAAAACCUGGAUCCAACCGCAACCUUGAUCUGCGUCGCGAGUUCCAUGCCCAGUUGAGGAAGUCAGGUAUCGAAUGGACAAGUAUCCUCAACGGCGGCUUCAUGGAUCUCAUGGUCGGCAACUCGCCAAUGAUAAAUCACAAGAGCCGCAAGGUCGCCUAUAUCGGGAAAACCACACAAUUACUCGAUUUCACCACCAUGGUGGACACGGCUGCGUACACGGCUGCUGUGGCUGCAGACCCCAACCACACGCCUAAUUUCCUCCGCAUUGCUAGUGAUACCGUCACUGUGAAGGAUAUCGCCCAGGCACAGAGCAACGUCGAAGGUGUGCCAUACAAGCCCGGGUGGAUGGGCACUGUGGGAUUCAUGGAGUUCAUGAUCCGGGUUAUGCGUCUGUUUGGGGGUGAGAAUGAUGUGUUCCCUGCUUGGCAGGGCAUGCAGUACAUGGCGAACAUGUUUUCUGGGGCCGGAAAACUCGACCCGCUCGAUAAUGACCGAUAUCCCGACGUGACUUGGACUAAGGUCGAGGAUUUCUUCCGAGAGCACAAGAGCAAGGCAUGA